AUGCAGGACGCUUGGACUGCUCGCAAAGCUGAGGAGAUCCAAGGCUAUGCCGACCGCAACGAAUGGAAGAACUUCUUCUCCGCGAUCAAAGCUGUCUACGGUCCGCCGACGAAGGGCACUGCUCCUCUCCUCAGCGCCGACGGCAGCACUCUCCUGACUGAGAAGACGCAAAUCCUACAGCGAUGGGCCGAGCAUUUCCAGGGCGUCCUCAACCGCCCUUCCGUCUUCUCCGACGCCGCCAUCGCCCGCUUGUCGCAAGUGGAGGCCAACGUGGACAUCGACCUCCCGCCAUCUCUCCAGGUAACCAUCAGGGCCGUGCAGCAACUCUCCAGCGGGAAAGCACCCGGAUCGGACGCAAUCCCUGCUGAGGUCUACAAGCACGGAGGUCCCCUACUGAUGGAUCACCUGACUGCGCUCUUCCAGGAGAUGUGA